AUAGAUAGAUAUAGUUUAGAUAGUAUAGGAUUAUAGAGUAGAAACAAUGGCCUCUAGGAUAACACCCGAUGAUUAUUUUGAUCUCAAAAAUCUUAAUAAUAUAAUCCAUGAAAUUGACAAAUCGGACAAAUAUUUUCCUAAAAAUAAUAAUAAUAAUAAUAAUAACUAUAAUGAGGACGACGUGGACAACACCGAUGAUGAGACAGACAACAACAAUACCGAUAAAAAUCGGGAUGAAGUAGUGGACAACAAUAACCGCAAACUGAGGCCAAUAGGGGUGAAUAAUACCGGAGAAGCAGUCAAUGAAAAGCCGAUUGCACCGAAAAUUGAUGGUAAAAAUGAAGUCAACAACAAAAGUCCCGUAAAGACUGUACCGGAAGAUGCGGUCAAAGAGUUAUCCGAUUUGUUUAACUAUUACGACAAGAAUUUCUUUGACAAUCAAUUUGCCAAAAAUAAAACGACUGUCCGCUGGUCGACCCGAAUGACCAAAAAUAUGACACGUAUUGUCAAAAUGGUGCCGAAAGACCCGAAAAGUAAAGUGCAGACAUUGGAGAUACGUUUGUCCGACCGAUUGUUGGCCAACAAAGACGACAAACGGGAGAAUCUAUUGGAAGAGACAUUGUUGGUUCAGAUGAUUAAAAUUAGCGGCAAAUUUGUUACCGAAAAAACUAAAAAGAAAUUGAAUAUAAAUGCUAACAAAACGCCAACUGAUAAGACUAUCAAAACUAAACAAUUGCGACCAAUCCGACAGACAGUUGACUUGACUUCGGGAGAUAAACCAAUCAAAGUGAUUACCAUCGAAGAUAAGGCCAAUUAUGAUGACGAAUACUACGACAGCGAGGAUGAGUUGGACAGUAUUGAUGGCCAACAAUCGACGGCGGCGGCGGCCGCACAUCCCGUACCCGAUAUACAGGCUAUGUUUCGCCGAUACGAUGAAAAAUAUUUCGAUGGCGUACUGUUUGAACACGAAGUUGAAGUGUUUUGGAUCAACAAUAUGUAUAUAGCGGCCGGUAUUACUUAUCCCGAAAAUCGUCCUAAAUGUCGACCGAUUCAGAUAAAGCUUUCGCGACCACUGUUGAGAUUUGCCGGCGAAAAGCAGAUACGGGAGACACUCCUACACGAGAUGAUACACGCCUAUCAAUUUGCACUAAACAUUAGCGAUGCUCAUGGACCCGAGUUUAUCAAAAAGAUGCAUCAAUUGAAUCGUAUGGAAGGCCUAUCUAUAAGUGUCUAUCACAAUAUGGUGUAUGACCAGGAUGGUUUUUAUAGGGCAUGGAUCAAAAAUCGUAGGGCACGGGAAAAGUUAGCCGCAAAACAACAACAAUACUAAUGGAUAUAAAUAACUAAAUAACUUAAUCUCUAAUAUACUUAUCAUUUAUUACUAAUUUUUUUAUUACCCAUUGACUAUUUAAUCUCCUGUUAAUAUACUUGU